AUAAAAUUAAAAUCUAUUUUAUUAAAUUUAUUAUAACUCGCUAAUAUUAUAUUUUAUUUAAACAAAUCCAUUAAAUACGUCCCAUAUAUUUAAAUUGGCAAAGCAAAAUUAUUAGCGCUUUUUCAAACAAAUUUGGAUGGCAUUUCUUUUAUUUCCAUUUUUGAAUGAAUAUUAUUGUUAAGAAACAAAACCCAAUCAAUUUGAAUAUUUUUUAAGUGAUAAGGAAAUAUUUAUGUGAAAAUUUGAUUAGAAUUUGGAUCGUUAAUAGACACAUUCAAACUAUAUAUUUUCUAUAUUUUUAUUCAAAUAAAUAAUUGACUAAAUCUAAAUUGUUGUAAUUACUAAUCUAAACUAAAAUACAAUGUUCCAAUAGAAAAAUUUGUAAAUAUCUAGAAUUUAUACAAAAUUGGAGUAAUAAUUAUGGGAUUAGGAAGUUUGAAUAUUAUUUUUAAGAAAUAAAACAUGGUCACUUUGAAUAAGUUUUAAGUAUAAGUAAAUAAUUAUACGAAGAUUUGCUCAGAAUAUGAAUAAUAAAUCUUUUGAUGACAAAUAUUUUAGAAAAUAAAAUUAUAUAAAUAAUUGACUUGAUCUAAAUUGUUAUGUUACUCUCUCUCUCUAUAUAUAUCUACUUGUUGAUGCCUUCUGAAUCCAUCUUUAGAGGUCGGCUCCUCUCUGCUUUUCCGUCUUUGAUUUGGAUCUCUUCUUCCAAUGGCUAGCGGGAAGGACCUCAUCGUGAGCUUCGGCGAGAUGCUCAUCGACUUCGUGCCCACGGUCUCCGGCGUGUCAUUGGCGGAGGCGCCUGGGUUCAUCAAGGCCCCAGGCGGCGCCCCGGCCAACGUGGCCAUCGCCGUGGCUCGCCUCGGAGGGCGCGCCGCCUUUCUCGGAAAACUCGGAGACGAUGAGUUCGGCCGCAUGCUGGCCGGCAUCCUGCGCUCCAACGGCGUCGACGACGCCGGAGUUCUGUUCGACACCGGCGCACGAACGGCGCUCGCUUUCGUCACUCUCCGCGCCGACGGCGAGCGCGAGUUCAUGUUCUAUCGAAACCCUAGCGCCGACAUGCUCCUCGAGGAAGGCGAGCUCAACCUCGACGUCAUCAAGAGCGCUGCGGUUUUCCACUACGGAUCUAUAAGUUUGAUCACGGAGCCGUGCAGAUCGGCUCAUCUGAAGGCCAUGCAGGUGGCGAGGGAUGCAGGGGCGUUGCUCUCCUACGACCCCAACCUCCGAUUGCCGCUGUGGCCUUCGGCGGAGUCGGCGCGGGAGCAGAUCAUGAGCAUCUGGGACCAAGCGGACAUCAUCAAGGUCAGCGACGUCGAGCUCGAGUUCCUCACGGGGACGGAUUCGGUGCAGGAUGACGUUGUUUUGACCCUCUGGCGCCCGGAGUUCAAGCUUUUGCUGGUCACCCUGGGGGAGAAGGGAUGCAAAUACUACACCAAGGACUUCCGAGGGAGUUUGGAUGGCUUCUCCGUUAACACAGUGGACACCACCGGAGCCGGAGAUGCAUUUGUCGGCGCCAUGCUCACCAAGAUCGUCGCGGACCAAUCUGUGCUACAGAGCGAGGAAAAGCUUAGAGAAGUUCUCAGAUUUGCCAAUGCGUGCGGAGCCAUCACCACCACUAAGAAGGGAGCCAUUCCUGCCCUGCCAAACAAAACUGAAGCUCUGGAGCUUUUGAAGAGAGAUUGAAGUGUUUGGAUCCCUCCCACUGCGUUGCUAUUUUAGUUUUUGUUUUAGUUGGAGUUUAAUUUGUCUAGGCGAUUUGGAGUUUCUGAUGUUUUAUUUUCUCUUUUUCAUAUUUUUCACAUGAUAAAGCAUUUAGAGAAGUGUUUUUGAUCUUUUAAUUUCCUUGAUAUCUAUUACAAUUUAUCAAAAA